UUAUAGCGGGACUGCGGCAUGCAUUCUGACACUGGGGGAACUGACUCUGUGUCGCUGACAUCCCCAGUGACACCAAUACAGUAACCAGUGCUAAUAAAAAGCAUUGACAGUGUACUAAUGGCACUGGGCAGGAAGGGGUUAACAUCUGGGGUGAUCAAAGGGUUAACUGUGUGCUGUUUCACUAUGGUUAUCUGUGUGCUGUGUGUGUUUCACUGUAAGCACACUGCUUUGUAUGGCUCUGCUAUGCAAAGCCAUGCAAAGCAGUGUGCAGGAGCUGACAGGGGAGAGAUCUGUAUUGUUUAC